AUGUUGGACAAGGCAUGGGUGCAUCUAUGCAGAGCUGAUCCUGGUUAUAAAAGUGGAGCUUGGAAAUUUGUAAGGGAUGUGUCUGCGGCUUUAGGUGACAUAGAAAUGAUAAUAUGUCCUUGUAAAGACUGUCGUAAUGUAGUACGACAGUUAAACAGUGUUGUGGUUGAGCAUCUUGUAAUAAGAGGGAUGGAUGAGGCAUACAAGGUGCAUAGUGAUUGGUAUCAUCAUGGAGAUGUGAAGUCAGUAGAUGAAUUUCAAAGUAAACCAACUCAGUGGAAUGAGGAAGUUUUUGAGUUAUAUAAAGCUGCUGAAUUUUUUGAUCAAGAGUUGGCUUUUAGAGGUGACUUAGCUGACCAACCUGUGGGCGACUUAAGUGAGAUUGCAGAGGGUGAGGACCAACAAGAGGAUGAGUUCCUUGCAAAGAUCCGGGAUGCUGAAACCCCACUAUACCCUAGCUGUUCAAACCACAGCAAGUUAUCGGCUAUUGUGACUUUGUUUAGGAUUAAGACACAUAAUGGCUGGUCGGAUAAGAGCUUCAAUGAACUGCUUCAGACAUUGCCAAGCAUGUUGCCAGAUGGUAAUGUCUUUCACACAUCAUUGUAUGAUGUCAAGAAAUUUUUAAAGAGCUUUCAUAUGGGAUAUGAAAAGAUCGACGCAUGUGUUAAUGAUUGCUGCCUCUUCAGAAAGAAGUUAAAGAAGCUUGAUAAAUGUCCCAAAUGUAAUGCUUCACGGUGGAAGACUAAUAAGCGGACUAAUGAGGUAAAGAAAGGUGUCCCACAGAAAGUAUUAAGAUAUUUUCCAAUUAUACCAAGGCUGAAGAGAAUGUUCAGAUCAGAGGACAUGGCUAAGGACUUACGGUGGCAUUACACUAACAAGAGCACUGAUGGAAAACUUCGACAUCCAGUAGAUUCUGUUACAUGGGCUCAGAUGAAUGAGAAGUAUCCUUCAUUUGCAGCUGAAGAAAGGAACAUACGGCCUCGGCUGUCCAUAAAUGGAUUUAAUCCAUUCAACAUGAAGAAUAGUAAUUAUAGUAGCUGGCAUGUGCUUUUGGUAAACUACAAUUUGCCUCCUCACCUUUGUAUGAAGAAGGAGAAUAUAAUGUUGACAUUAUUGAUUCCUAGUCCACAACAAUCAGGUAAUAAUAUUGAUGUCUACCUAGAACCUCUUAUUGAGGAUUUGAAUCAUCUGUCGAAGAAUGGAGAGCUAACGUAUGAUGCUUUUAGUAAAAGUACAUUUACUCUAAAGGCAAUGCUUCUCUGGACCAUUAGUGAUUUCCCUGCGUAUGGAAACCUUGCUGGUUGUAAAGUAAAAGGUAAAAUGGGAUGUCCUAUGUGUGGGAAAAAUACUGAUAGUAUGUGGUUGAAGUUUAGCAGGAAACAUGUCUACAUGUAUAAUAGAAAAUGUUUAGCUCCAACACACAAAUAUAGGGAAAAGAAGACUUGGUUUGAUGGAAAAGUUGAGCAUAGGAGAAAGUCAAGAAUUUUAACUGGUCAUGAAGUUCAUCAGAAUCUGAAAAACUUCCAAAAUAAUUUUGGAAAUGUGAAAAAGGUUGGGAUGAAGAGAAAGAGAACUGUCUAUAAAGAACUAGUGUUUGACAGUGAUGAUGAUGAAAAAAAGAAUGUGACUCACAGCAUUGUAUCCACAUUGUUGCAUUGUGGAAAAUCUAAGGAUGGUCUUAAUGCUCGUAAGGAUCUUCAACAUCUUGGUCCAGAUGGAUACUGUUCUAAUAUUUCAAGAGGAGUUUCAGUAGAAGAGUGUAAGGUAGGAGGUCUGAAAUCACAUGAUUAUCAUGUCUUGAUGCAACAGCUUCUCCCGGUUGCACUUAGAGGAUUGUUACCAAAAGGUCCUAGAACAGCAAUACUACGGCUAUGCGCAUUCUUCAAUCAUUUGUGUCAGAGAGUUAUUGAUAUUGAGGUUAUUACAGUAUUGGAAGCUGAAAUUGUAGAAACGCUUUGUAUGUUUGAAAGGUUUUUCCCUCCAACCUUCUUUGAUAUCAUGGUACACUUGACUGUUCAUCUAGGAAGAGAAGCUAGACUAGGAGGACCUGUGCAUUUUAGGUGGAUGUACCCAUUUGAGAGGUAUAUGAAAGUUCUAAAAGAUUUUGUAAGAAAUCCUGCAAGACCAGAGGGUUGUAUAGCAGAGUCAUAUCUUGCAGAAGAAAGCAUGCUGUUUUGUAAUGAGUUUCUGAAAAAGACAACCAAUGUAGAAGAAAAACCUGAGAGGAAUGUAGAGUAUGUGAACAGCUCUAUAUUAGAAGGUCGUCCAAUAUCAGCAGGAACUUCAUUCACUCUUACUGAAAUGGAGAAGAAUAUAGCCCAUCUUGCUGUCAUUCAAAAUACAGCUGCCUUUGAUCAUUAUGUGGAUAUGCAUUUACAAUAUCUACAAGACUCAAAUCCAAGGUGCAGACGUGAUGCAACAUUUUUAUGGUCUAUGCAUGCUAAGAAUUUUGCAGCUUGGUUAAAAGGACAGAUAUCUAUUACUUCUGAUGGACGUGAAGACAUAGUUAAAUGGCUAGCAUAUGGUCCACGGUGUACUGCAAGGUCCUAUACUGGUUAUAAAGUUAAUGGACAACGUUUUCACACAUACUCACUUGAAAGGCAGAGUCAGAACAGUGGUGUUUAUUAUGAGGCAACGGCUAUGUGUAGAUCUAGUGCUAAGGAUACUUCACAAGUAGUUGAUUUGGUGUCAUAUUAUGGGAGAAUUACUGACAUCAUAUUGUUGGACUACCAUGUGUUCUAUGUGCCGAUAUUUAGAUGUAACUGGGCAGUAAAAGGUAAUGGAGUUAAAGUGGAAGAUGGGUUCACACUUGUUAACUUAAAUCAGAGCCAAGUAAGCUUUCAGAAGGAUCCGUAUAUUCUAGCAUCUCAAGCAAAGCAAGUAUUUUAUUCAAGUGAAGAUGGAUCAAGUUGGUCUGUUGUUAUGAGAGGUGCUUCAAGAAGAUAUAGUAAAGAAGAUGUUCAGUCUGGAAAUGCAGAUAUAAUUGGUCCAUUGCCAGUAGAUGUUGACAUGGAUACUGAAAUGGAUGAAGCUGAAUAUGCUAGAUCUGAUUGUGAAGGCAUAUAUGUGCAAGAGUAG